CCGGACGUUUCCCCGAGUGAUAACUGAAGCGGGGUUUCGACCAACGAGGCGAACGAUGGAUUCUCUCGACGAAGAGCGCAGCGGAGAGAUAACAGAGAUUAUGGCUCCGGCGAUCGCCGGAGAAAAUGGGGACGCUGGUUCAUCGGAGACUUCGUGGCGUAUUAACGUGAACAGUUAUCAGUUGCCGGAGGGGGCGAGCGGCCGGGGAGAGCAGACCUUGGUUUCUCGGGUAUUCAGUGCUUCUAUGGGAAAGGAAAGUCGAGUUGCAAAAUAUUAUCAUAAACAGGAGAAGCUUCUUAAAGAUUUUACUGAAAUGGAAAGCAUUAAUGAGUUGGGUUGUUUAGAAGGUGCUCCAACGGAGGAUCAGCUUGCGGAGCUGGCUCGACACGAGAGAAUGGCAAUCAAUAUAUCGAACAUGUCUAAUCUGAUUCUUUUUAUCGCCAAAGUUUACGCAUCGAUUUCAAGCAGAUCUCUAUCUGUGAUUGCUUCUUCUCUCGAUUCCUUGCUGGAUCUUCUCUCUGGAUUGAUUUUAUGGUUCACAUCAAACGCCAUGAAAAAGCCCAACCAGUACAGAUACCCAAUUGGCAAAAAGCGAAUGCAACCUGUAGGAAUUGUAGUUUUUGCCUCAGUGAUGGCUACCCUUGGUUUCCAAGUAAUAUUGGAGUCUGGCCAGCAACUUCUUGCGUCGUCCCACUCUUUACUGGAUGGUUCAAAGUUGAGCUGGAUCGUUGGAAUUAUGGCUUCUGUAACAAUUGUAAAAUUCGCGCUGAUGAUCUAUUGCCGCAGCUUCAAAAACGAAAUUGUGAGAGCUUAUGCGCAAGAUCAUUUCUUUGAUGUUAUCACCAACUCCAUUGGUUUAGCUACUGCUGUUCUAGCUAUUAAAGUCUACUGGUGGAUCGACCCUGCAGGAGCUAUUCUGAUAGCACUGUACACAAUAAGCACCUGGGCAAAAACUGUGCUAGAGAAUGUGUGGUCAUUGGUGGGCAGAACAGCGCCCCCCGAUUUCUUGGCGAAGUUGACUUAUCUCAUCUGGAACCAUCACGAAGAAAUCAAGCACAUCGACACGGUUCGAGCCUACACGUUCGGAUCGAAUUAUUUCGUCGAGGUUGACAUCGUGCUGCCCGGAAACAUGCUGUUGAGCCAAGCUCAUGAUAUUGGUGAGACACUUCAGGAGAAACUGGAGCUGUUGCCUGAAGUCGAGAGAGCCUUUGUGCAUGUGGAUUUUGAGUUCACUCAUAGGCCCGAGCAUAAAACCAAGGGUUGAAUAGCGAAAUACUGAUUUUUUAAAAAUACGAUUUUUAACAUCUGGAAUAAUGCAAAAAGUGAGGAACAUGAUAGUUUUCUUGUUUAUAAAAAUUGAUCUUAAAUUUGUAAUUUAUGUUGUCCUUAAAAUCACAUAGCUGCAUGGAUACAUGUGAAGAAAAUGUUUGCAUUAAAGAAUAGGAAGAUGUUACAUACAUGCCACUCUAUUCUAAUGAAUUUACAUAUCUA